AUGAAGCCAUGUGUUUCCGCUGCAGCUCCUGCGGAUUGGCCGGUUGCCAGCGAUGAACAAAAACCAUCGCGACCGGAGACAGCAAUGGAGCACGACGAGGAAACGCGGGGGUGUUCGUCUUCUUCUGUGAGACUUCAGGGCUAUGGAGUGAGCGGUGCGGGAUCCUUAAUGGACUCCAUGAGGCAGCGGGAGAUGAGUGGCUCGGCUUUUUUUAUGUUUUCCCUAGAUGGUGUAAACACCGAUGACCCACUCGCAGGUAAUGUGUCUCCCCUUGCGGCGUUGUGUCCUGCAGGGCAAUACUCGAAAGAGUCUCAACACUGGUUUUGGAAGGUGCUGUCUAACACGUCAUCAUGGGGCAUGACUGCUUGCGGUAGCGUGUCGUACUCAUCGUGGGCCGACCCCAAAUCCGUGCGAUGUAUUGAAGGUCAACUUCGUUUAGGGGCAUUUUUAGGUAUACACGCAGUUGUUGUACCCCUUCCUGAUUUCGAUGAGGAAGAUCCCCAGUGCUCUGAGAAACUUAAAGCGGCUGCGCUUGUAAUCUCCAAGCAUUUGCAGCACUCACAAACAACAAACGUUUGGGUACGCUGCGACGCUUCACGCCAAGCUGAUCGUGUGGCUUUUUCGCGCCUUCGUACAUUUGUUCUUUGGGGUGGGGAAAAUCCACCCACCGCUGAAGAAGCACCGCACCGAGUCGUUCGUCCGGCUCCUUACAGGAUUGUAGCGUUUCUGAACUUUUCCGAAACGUUUGGUGCGAUACCAUCAGAGUGGCUUGGGGAGUCCGUUGCCGCGUUUGAACUUCCCAACGCUGAAAAGCUAAGGCGUGCGUUAAGCGCAUCCGAUUGCGGACGGCAUAUGAAACUUCCAAGUGACUUGAUGCCACUGAAGGAUUCUUACUGGGGCACUGCCCAACCGAUGUUCGUUUCCCUAGCCACGUUCGUUGUUGAGCUGUUGCGCCGACGAGCAGCUCCAGUUUUUGCGAUGGAGGAAUUUGUUGAUUCGUAUCAAUUGUUGAAUACCUUGUACGAGAUGCACGUAGCAGACGGGGGAAGAGAUAAGUUUUUCGACUACGAAGAUGUCUUGCAACUUCCACUACAGCCUCUUGGACAUAUGCUUGCUAGUGGGGUGUAUGAAGUGUUCGAACAAGAUCGCACAAAAUAUCAACAGUACCACACUGCCAUGAGCAAAUAUUUUAAUGAGUGGUUGAACCACAGCGAAAGCCGCAGUCACGAGAAGAUGUGGUUGCAAGGACCUAAUCCCCGAGACGGUUGUGGUUGCAGCGCAAUGGGAAGUGUGUAUGUUGUGUUGCUUGGUGCUGGUCGGGGUCCAUUGAUCAGCGAGUGCUUGUGCGCUGCAACAGGUGUUGGGGUUCGCGUUCAUUUAUUUGUCGUAGAGAAAAAUCCCGAGGCGUUGGAACUCGUGCGGCUGCGCGUGCGUGCUGAUCCGCAGUGGCAUGACUGGAUGAAUUACUCUGGCCACGUAGUCGAAACAAUUUAUGCAGAUGGCCGUAGUGUGUGGUCUGGAGAGGCUCCCGGAAGUGAUGAUCGGUUGCCGCCAUACUGGGGUCUUUGUGAUCUCGUUGUGUCCGAGUUACUUGGAAGUUUCGGCGACAAUGAAUUGAGUCCUGAGUGCCUUGAUGAUUUUUACUGCAAUCUGUUGAGUUACCAAGAGUCGUCUGGGAUCCCGUGUAAUCCCUAUCUGACGUCAAUUCCACAGCAGUACACGGCAUGGAUUGCCCCACUGCAUUCGGCGCGCAUGGAGGAGUCGGUUGCAACUGCUGCUUUUGGAGGCCUCACAACUCCGCCAGCGGAUUGCCACGACCGUCACGCCGCGUUGUACCACUCUAUGUUUGUCAGCAACGUUUGCCGUGCGGUUGGAUUGUGCCUCCCUCAACCUUGCUGGACGUUCCACCACUUCGCAACUAAAGUUCAAUCGAAGGAACGAGAGGCAACACUUAACUUUACGUUGUCGGGAGAUGGAAGGUUCAGUGGAUUUAUUUGCUACUUCUCCGCUGUGCUCUUUACUCCCGGGGACACGGGGAAUGUUGAAGACAGCAUCGCAUUACUUUGCGCAUCCGCUGGGUCGCUCUCCACCGUCCAGUACGGGCGCACUACUGGUUUAUUUAGUUGGUUUCCUGCUUUUCUUCCUGUGGAGCCUCGUGAUGUGGUGGAGGUGAAAUGUGGAGAUGAGCUGAGCAUCCAUCUGAAACGUUGUGUGGACGUUAAGAAAGGACGUGUAUGGUACGAGUAUGAAGCCUCAAUUCUUGUGAAGGGACAUCCAGAUGGAAAAUUUAUGAAGCGGUUGACAAAGACGAUGAAUGCUGGCGGAUGGGCGGGCCACAUUUCUCUGCUGACGUGA